CGUCUACCUGCUUCAGCCCCGUUAUUUAAAAGCCUCUGAGACAGACGCGCUGUCCACUCUACAAACACACUCUGUAGGGAUCAGUCUGAGGUCAAAUUAAAGAACUGAACGGAGAAUAUGUAUAGCUUUUAAGGAAAUCAUUCCAUGGAUAAGUGACGGAUAACUUUUUCUUUAUUCAUCGUUGUGAAUUGAACACCAAACUUAACGGUAACUUAACAUUUGAUGGGACGCACAGACGUUUCCAGCUGUCUUCUGUCCGGAGCGAAGCAUCACGGUGAAGAAUUGAUGGAGAUUUUGCGAAUUGAAAAACAACGUGGACGACAACUGCAUUUGUUUUGCACAGGAUAAUACGGUUUACAGAGACAGUUUUCAAAGGAGUUCUACAGUCUGAUGCCAAAGAAAUAAACUAUUCAAUAACUUUUUAUUCUGUAGUGCUUUAAAGAACCCAGAAACCAGCACAGAUCUGAAGACCCCAUAAUGUAAUCAUGAACCUUUCAGGGAAACAUUCAGGCAAAAUGGUCCUUAAUAAGAAAAGGGUUCUUUGCUGAACCACUGAAGAACCUAGAUGUAAGAUCCUAUGGCGUGAAGCAGAAGAGAAGAGGGGAAAACAUUGGCUUCCAAGUGAUUUUAUAUUUAGAAGUGAAUACACCCUCAUCAUCAUCACAGACUGGAUGUAAAGAUGACAAGCGUCUUUGUUGCUCUGCUGGGCUUCUUGUGGGGCUUUUACUUGGCAGGUAGUAGUUCUGUACUGGACGGAUCUGAGCUUCAGCCCAACUUCAUGCAUCGGAGAUUACGGACUCAGGAGAAAAGAGAGAUGCAGAAAGAGAUUCUGUCCAUACUGGGACUAAACCACAGACCCAGACCGCAUCUGAACAGCGGCAAAUAUAAUUCAGCACCCCUCUUCAUGCUGGAUCUGUACAACAGUAUGUCCACUGAAGAGAAGAGCGACGUGGAUCAGUACAGAUCACUGUUCACCACCACACGACCCGCUUUAGCUUCACUUCAUGACGCAGAGUUCCUGCAUGACUCGGACAUGGUCAUGAGUUUUGUCAAUUCAGUGGAAAAUGACAGAGAGCUGUCUCCACAGAGAAGGCACCAUAAAGAGUUCAAAUUCAACCUGUCCCAGAUUCCAGAGGGAGAGGCCAUCACAGCUGCAGAAUUCAGGAUCUACAAGGAGUGUGUGACCAGGACCUUCCGCAAUGAGACAUUCCUACUUAGCGUGUUCCAAGUGGUUUGGGAACAUCCAGACAGGGAUGCCGACCUAUUCCUGCUGGAUACUCGCAGGUUGUGGGCCGCUGAAGAAGGAUGGCUGGAGUUUGACAUCACAGCAACUAGUAAUUUCUGGGUGAUGAGUCCACAUCAUAACCUCGGUCUACAGAUCAGUGUGGAGACCAGCAGUGGUUGGAACAUUAAUCCCAAGGAAGCGGGGUUAGUAGGUCGUGAUGGCGCUCUAGAGAAGCAGCCUUUCAUGGUGGCCUUUUUCAAAGUGAGCGAAGUCCGUACCCGAACUGCCCGGUCUGUGGGCAGACGACGUCAACCGAACCGCAAUCGCUCCAACAGUCCACAGGAGGCAUCAAAGGGAUCAACUCAUACAGCAGAUUACAACAGCAGUGAUCAGAAGACCGCCUGCAGAAAGCAUGAACUGUACGUCAGCUUCAGAGAACUGGGCUGGCAGGACUGGAUUAUUGCACCUGAGGGUUAUGCAGCAAACUACUGUGAUGGAGAAUGCUCUUUUCCUCUAAACGCCCAUAUGAAUGCUACUAAUCAUGCUAUAGUACAGACACUGGUCCAUCUGAUGAAUCCAGAGAACGUUCCAAAGCCAUGUUGCGCUCCCACCAAACUGCACGCAAUCUCCGUGCUCUACUAUGAUGACAACUCCAAUGUCAUUCUGAAAAAAUACAAGAACAUGGUGGUGCGUGCAUGCGGCUGCCACUGACACAAGGGACACGCGCCGCCCUGCCCGACCGCUGCACCGCAGAGACAAAUGUUUGUGAGGACUGACAAGACGAAAUUUGACAGAGACUAAAAGCGAGCGUUACGAACAAAUGUGAGAGAAUGUCUCGACAGUGGAUCCAGGUUUGCUGCUUCUCAUCUUUACACACAAGGCCAUUUCUCGUGACACUUCGGAUCCUACAAACUGCAAAGAGGAUGUUCAUGUGAAUCUAUAAAGAGAAAAUGAACUUGAUGCCUUCAUUCUAAAACAAGGACACAUACAAAAUGUAAAUUAUGAGCUAAAAUGCAGUCUGUAUUUAAAAUUGUGUUUCACAUAUCAAAUAUUUAAAGGGGUUGCAUCAUAUAGUAUAAUUUAAUUUUUAAAGGUCCAUUUGUGUUACAAACCAGUCAAAUCAAUUAUUUUCAACCCUUACUCUGAUCCUUGGAAUUAAACAGGAUACCUUUUUGCUGCUUUGCCUUUAGGACUAUUACUUUGUAUUUUUCUGAUGUUUGAAAGUUCUAGAAGAUCAGAACAAAUCAAAUUUUUUUCAACUUUCAGGAACUUCCUCCCCAUUAUAAAUAUAGACAACUUGAGUUUUGAAAGUUACAGUAGCUCUUUUGUUUCAAAAGAAACUUUGAUUCCUCAUAUGAUGACCUCUUUAGGAUCGGAAACUUAUAAAUUACUAUGUAAAAAGCACCGAAAUCAGAACAGGAAACUUUCUACUGCUUUGUGUAUUUUUGAUGAAGUCACUUGAACCCACAGGACUCUAUUUUAGGUUUUAAAAAAUCAAAUUAUUUUAAGUUUCUCAAUAUUUGCUCUGCACUACCUGUGGUUUGCAUUGGUGAGUCAGAGCGAGUGGUUAUGCUCUUCAACAGAACUCAAAGAACGGAACCAUUAUGCUGUCGUUCCAAGGAUGGAACUGUUAUUUGAUGCCGUCCGACACCACAGAUCUAUAAUUUCCCUGCAACACCUGCACCUCGGAUGGCUUACGUCCAAAACUUCCCAUAAGACACGAGGACCUACAUUUAAGGUUUUUCAGCAACAAAACUGUAUUCUGUGCCAGCGUCCUAACAUGGGCGGUGGAUUUUCCACCAUCUCAUGUCUAUUUAUUGUCAAACUUUUAAUAUGCAGCUGUCAAUUUUUUUUCACUCUGAGCUGUUGAAUGGUACAAAACUCUCUGUGGACAGGCUAUAUAUGUCUAUUUUCAUCAUUUUGUUUUGCUUCAGCUUGUAAUUUGGGAAUUGAUAAUCGCUUCCAUUUUUAUACCAAUACUGAAACCAAAUAAUUUGGUUAGUUUAUGCAAUUUUUAAUGCUGUUUGCAUUCCCAUUCAUCUCACUGGUACAGGAGCCCAGUAAGCCAACAGGACCUUGGCUGCUUGGUUUACACUGACAGCGGUCACAUCAUUAGAUGUUAAUGGGUUGUACUGUUGGUUUCCAGUAGGCAUUUCUAAUCAGCUGUACCCCAACAAUCUAAAUCUACAUCUCUCUUCUCU